GGAUUGUUGAUUUUAAUUUUGCACAAUAUUCUCGCGUGUUUGAGUUAUUUUUUCAAAUUAAUCAUUUUCAUUGAUUUUUUUCUUGGUUAAUUUGAAAUUAAUCGAAAAAAUGACCGCCUUUGAAGAAAUGGGCAUCAUGCCAGAGAUCGGUAAAGCUUUGGAAGAAAUGGAUUGGCUUUUACCGACCAACAUUCAGGCUGAAGCUAUUCCAUUGAUACUUGGCGGUGGCGAUGUUUUGAUGGCAGCCGAAACAGGAUCCGGUAAAACCGGUGCUUUUUGUCUGCCUGUAAUUCAGAUUGUAUGGGAAACAUUAAAUUCAAAAUCAAAAUCAAAUAAAUCUCAAGUAUCGGAUAAAUGUCUAUUCAGUCCAUAUGACAUUGAUCCUAAUCUAUCGUUGGCAGCCGAUCUACUUUCGGCACAAAGCAAAGUAUCAAAUCAAUGGCAAGGUGUACGAGCAAAUAAAGCGGUUAAAAAGUGUAGAGGAAAAAAGAAUCGAUUCUAUUAUGAAGUGGAAUUUACUUCAUCGGGAUUGGCUCGAGUUGGUUGGGCAUUAGAUAAUGCUUCUCGUGAACUUGGUACUGAUCGUUUUAGUUGGGGUUACGGUGGUACUGCCAAAAAAAGUAAUUCACGAAAUUUUGAAGAUUAUGGAGAAAAAUUUGGUGAUAAAUUCGAUGUUAUUGGAAAUAUAAUCGAUCUGGAUUAUUGUACAAUUUCAUGGACUAAAAAUGGCCAAGAUUUAGGUGUCGCUUUUCAGAUUCCUCAAAAUCUUUGUGAACAGAAUUGUUUUUUCCCUUGUGUUUGUAUUAAAAAUGCCGGACUAAAAGCUACAUUUCAUAGUGAUCAAAAUGCUCCGUUUAGUUGUACAUGGAUUGGCCAAUUAGAAUCGGAUCAAAUUGUGAAUAAUAAUUUUUCAGCUAAUAGUUCGACGAAUGAAAAUAGCCCAAAAGCUAUAAUUCUGGAACCAAGUCGUGAACUGGCUGAACAAACUCAUAAUUGUAUUGCUAAUUUUAAAAAAUAUCUUUCCGGUGAAAUUCGUCAAUGUCUUUUAGUUGGCGGUCUUAGUGCCAAAGAUCAAAUGUAUCAAUUACAAGCUGGUAUCGAUAUUGUUACUGGUACAAUAGGAAGAAUAAAUGAAUUGGUCAAUUCUGGUCAUUUAUCAUUACAAUCAUGUCGUUUCUUCAUCAUCGAUGAAGUGGAUGCAUUUCUAGCACAAGGAAAUAUGCAAACCAUACUUCAAUUACAUGGCCGUAUACCACGAAUGUUUCCUGAUGGUAAACGUCUGCAAAUGAUUGUUUGUUCAGCUACCUUACAUAACUUUGAUGUGAAAAAAUUAGCCGAACGAGUUAUGUUUUUUCCGAAUUGGGUCGAUCUUAAGGGUGAAGAUUCCGUACCGGAUACCGUACAUCAUGUUAUCUUACGUGUUGAUCCACGUAAAGAUACUUCAUGGAUGAAUCUACCAAACACAAUCACAACUGAUGGUGUUCAUCAGAAUGAUAUUCGAAAUUAUAAUAAUCCGGAUAAAGAAACGUUGAGUGAAGCGGUCAAAAUUUUAAAAGCCGACUAUGUUAUCAAAGCUAUCGAUGCAUUACAGAUUGAUUGUGCUAUUGUUUUUUGUCGAACAAAACUUGAUUGCGAUAAUCUUGAAGCAUAUUUCAAUCAUCUAUCCACUAAACUUCAUAAGGAUUAUUCAUGUGUUUGUCUACAUGGUGAUCGUACGCCACAAGAACGACAAGCUAAUCUUGAAACAUUUAAAACAAAAAAUUGUAAAUUUUUAAUUUGUACGGAUGUUGCAGCUCGUGGUAUCGAUAUUACCGGUGUACCAUAUCUAUUACAAGUUACACUUCCGGAUGAUAAAGCUAAUUAUCUACAUCGAAUCGGUCGCGUAGGCCGUGCAGAACGAAUGGGUUUAGCUAUUAGUUUUGUUUCGAAUGUACCAGAAAAAGUAUGGUUUCAUGCAAAUUGUCGUUCACGUGGCAAAAAUUGCUGGAACACCGAAUUAGUUGAUCAUGGUGGAUGUUGUAUAUGGUAUAACGAAAUUCAAUUAUUGGCCGAUAUUGAAGAACAUUUAAAUUGUAUAAUAUCGGAAAUUGGUUUAGAUUUUAAAUUAGAAGUAAAUGAAUUUGAUGGAAAAGUAAUGUAUGGAGCUAAACAAGCAUCCAAUGCUGGUGGUUAUACCUAUAAAGAUCAUGUCGCACAAAUGGCCACUAAUGUACAACAAUUAUAUGAACUGGAAUCGAAAGCUCAACUUGUUCAUCUUGGUCUUUAUUAUUAAUGAAUGAAACCUUGAUUUUUUUUCAUGUCAAAUAAAAUUUUCCAAUUCAA